AUGCCUGAGCCGUCUAAAUCUGCUCCGGCUCCUAAAAAAGGCUCUAAGAAAGCCAUCACUAAGGCACAGAAAAAAGAUGGCAAAAAACGCAAGCGCAGUCGUAAAGAGAGCUAUUCUAUUUAUGUGUACAAAGUUCUGAAGCAGGUCCAUCCAGAUACUGGUAUCUCAUCUAAGGCCAUGGGUAUCAUGAACUCCUUUGUGAACGACAUUUUCGAGCGCAUCGCGGGCGAGGCGUCACGCCUGGCGCAUUACAACAAGCGCUCGACCAUCACAUCCAGGGAGAUCCAGACGGCCGUGCGUCUGUUGCUGCCCGGGGAGCUGGCCAAGCAUGCUGUGUCUGAGGGUACCAAGGCCGUCACUAAAUACACCAGCUCCAAAUGA